GAACUCACAGCACCGCACAGCCUCUCUCUUGCUCUCUCCGUGGCGUACCUCCAACGAGAACAACAGAAGCAUCAACGAUGAAGUGCUCUCUGCUUUUAGCUCUCGCAUUCCGGGCUCAGUUCGGACAAGGCUUCGUUGGUCCCACGGGAGGGCUGGUCCUCUCCAACUGCGUCUCGGUUGCGGCGCGCAGCAACAACAUCGUGAGGCGGGGAGUGGCCUCGACCUCCUUGAAGGCUGCAGCCUCCGACAAUGGCAGUGAUGGAAAGGCGUCGGUUAACUUGAGGAAGCCGGCGGUAGUCGAGGCGAUUGCGGAGCGAAGCAACCUGAACAAGAACCAGGCCGAAGCGGCGUUGGCCGCUUUCACGGACGUCGUCAUGCAGGAAGUCGCCGACGGGAACAAGAUUAGCCUGCAGGGCUUCGGGACCUUCGAGGGACGCGCGAGAAAGGGUCGCACGGGCCGCAACCCGCGCACGGGCGAGGAACUAAAGAUCAAGGCCACUACGGCGCCGGCGUUCUCGGCGUCGAAGGCCUUCAAGGACAUGGUGAAAGCGGCGCAUUCUGACUAGAAGAAAGUGCAGCAAAUACAAGAGCGGCUGACCGGGAGCAAGGGCGCAUCACCUUUGUUUCAUUGGAGUUGCCAUUGUUGUCCUCGAUUUUUGUUUAUUGCUUGCCAGAGGCUGCGUAAGGCCGACAGUUUUGGGUGGCGGGUUAGGGUAGAGUUUUGAUGAGGUUGCAUGGGGGUUAAGGGGUGGGGGAAGGGCCGUCUUGAGAACAGCUCGUUUUAUCCAUACGAUAAAUGUGUUUUUUUUUACCACGAACGGUGGUUGGUGCGAAGUUUUCCAGGGUCAGAAAGUUGACAUGUUUGUUGUCAGCGCGCGGUAACACGGCGGCCUCCUGUACCGCCAAGGCUACGCGCAUCGAUGUGCUGUUGGACAGGAGGCCGUGUGGAAGCACGAUUGCACGUAUACCCACCUGAAAAUGAUCGAAGUCGUUACCUCCUUCCCUCACCCGGCCGCUGCCAAGACAGUCGUAUUCGAAGAUGAUAAUAGUGAUAUAUUUGGAUGGAAGACUGUAAUAGUAACCGCCCGGGGUGCUUGACCACCUUCCGCUUACUGUGUUCUGUUGUGCCGCUCGCUCUGACUAUGCGGCGGGCGGCUUUGAUCUCUGUGUUUCCCGCAUGUUUGUUGGGCCCUGCACUGGCUUUUGCGUUGGCAUGAGAGGCGUUUCGGAUAUUGUAGCAGUGCUUUGUUCAACGAGGAGAACCAAGCGUUGAAUAUUGCUGUAUCCGUUGCGAGUUGACUUGAGGAGACAGGGCUGACAGCCGAUCGGCUGGGACGCACCCCGCUGUAAAGUGACAGUUCUAACCCAUAAGCACGCAGUAUCUUGGGGCUAGAAGUGAUCGCAAACAGGUGGCCUUCAUGAGUGGGAACAACUCCGCGACAUGCUUGUCUCUGGAUUCGUUGGUUAGGUUUGUCCAUGUUGCUUGCCUUGGGCCACGAAAUACGAGCGCCCCCCCCCCCCCUCCUUCGCCCACUGCGUGAAUGGAUCCCUGGGUAGGCGUUUCCCUGCGUCCACCGAUCCAAACGACGUCCUCGAUGGCUUGUAUGAUAGUUGUGCGCCGUGCCAACACAACGCAAAUCUUCGUAGGACAAACGAGGCCUGUAGAUGGAGUUUGGCCUAGUGGAGCAGAUAUAGGCCAAUCUGCUCCACCGGCUUUUGAGUCUCCGAGCCCCCGUGGGUGGGCGUUUCUCUGUGUCUACCGAUCUGAACGACGUUCCCGAUGACUUGUAAGAUUGUUGUGGGCCAACAAAAUCCAAGGCUUCGUAGGGUAAACGACGCCCUCUAGAGAGGAUUCGGUCUGUGGGGCAGAUACGGCCAAUCUGCUCCGCCGCCCUUUGAGACCCCGAGGCCGUGGGUGGGCAGUAGCUCUGCACCUACAAAUCCGAUUGGGUGCCCGAUGGCGUGUAUGAUAGGUAGCUGUGAGUGGUGCCACCACAAUGCAAGUCUUCGUAGCAAACGGACGCCCUUUGGAUAGAGUAUGGCCUGGUGAAGAUAUGGCCUAUAUGCUCCACCGGCCUUUGAGCCACCGAGCCCCCGUGGGUGGGCGUUUCUCAGCACCCACUGGUCCAAUUGGAGUGCCCGAAGCUUGGAUGAUAGAUGUGAGCCGUGCCACAACGGUGCGGUCAGAUUUAGACGCGGUUCAGCCGUGACGGGAGGUUAGCGGGACUACAAAGGAAAAGCAGUAUCAUAGUCGAUGACAUUUACCACCUCCUAGAUGCUGCGGAACCCCCUCUGUUGACCAUAUCUCUGCAGGAAC